AAUAAGUGAUAGUAGCAAGUAAAACGCAAUAAAGACUAGAGAGUGAACCCAUCAACUUGAGUGAUUUUCAUGCGUGGAUAGUAUAUAUCUUUGUGUAUAUAUUGAUUGCUGAAGCUUUUGUGGUGAAUCCUUUGGUCUAAUCGAUGAGCUUAUUAGGGUUGAUCAAUCGAUUGAUCAUGAAGUACUGUAUGUUAUUUUGUGUGUUAUUGUAUAUAUCGUCAUUUAAUCAUGCUUUAGCUAAAGAGUGUAGUAAUCAUAUUCAUCCUCAAUUAUCAUCACAUACUUUUAGAUAUCAACUGCUAAAAUCCAACAAUCAGACCUUCAAGAAUGAGAUUUUUGCGUCUUACGGUUCGAUUUCUAGGAAGAUUUUGAGUGAGAGAGCCGAAAUGGAUUCGAUUAUGAUGAAUAGAAAGACGAGGAGUUUAGGGGAAUUCAAUUGGACAUCUCGUGGUUUUUUAAAGGAAGUAGAGCUGAAAGAUGUGAGAUUGGAACCUAAUUCCAUACAAGGACGAGCUCAGCAGACGAAUUUGGAGUAUUUGUUGCUGUUGGAUGUUGAUAGGUUAGUUUGGAGUUUUAGGAAGACGGCUGGAUUGUCGGCUCCUGGUGUUGCGUAUGGAGGUUGGGAGGCUCCUGACUGUGAGCUUCGCGGACAUUUUGUAGGGCAUUAUCUCAGUGCUUCAACGUUGAUGUGGGCUAGCACUCACAAUGAUACUCUUAAAAAGAAAAUGUUUGCAGUGGUUUCUGCUCUUUAUGAAUGUCAGAACAAAGUGGGUACAGGAUAUCUUUCUGCUUUUACCUCCGAGCAAUUUGAUCGUUUUGAAGCUCUAAAACCUGUAUGGGCACCUUAUUACACAAUUCACAAGAUAUUGGCAGGUCUUCUAGAUCAGUAUACAUUAGCCAACAAUACUAGAUCUUUGGAAAUGGUAAAGUGGAUGGUUGAUUACUUCUACGAGCGUGUGAAAAAUGUAAUAUCAAAGUACAGCGUUGCAAGACACUAUCAGGCAUUAAAUGAAGAAACAGGUGGCAUGAAUGAUGUUCUAUACAAAUUGCACAGCAUAACGGGAAAUCACAAACAUUUUGUAUUGGCUCAACUUUUUGACAAACCCUGUUUUUUAGGAUUGCUGGCUGUAAAGGCUAAUGAUAUAUCGGGUUUCCAUGCCAAUACUCAUAUUCCAGUUGUUAUUGGAUCACAAAUGCGAUAUGAAAUUACGGGUGAUCUACUCUAUAAGGAAAUUGGGAUGUUCUUCAUGGAUAUUGUGAACUCUUCUUACACCUAUGCUACCGGAGGAACAUCACAUGGUGAAUUCUGGAAAGACCCGAAGCGAUUGGCAAGCUUUUUAGAUGCUGAGAAUGAAGAAUCUUGCACAACUUAUAAUAUGCUCAAGGUCUCACGCAACCUCUUCAGAUGGACCAAAGAAGUAGGCUAUGCAGAUUAUUAUGAACGAGCACUCACAAAUGGAGUGUUGAGCAUCCAGAGAGGCCGAGAACCCGGGAUCAUGAUCUACAUGCUACCACUAGGCCAUGGUGAAUCUAAGGCUAGGAGUGAUAAUGAGGGAUGGGGAACAAAAUAUGAUAGUUUCUGGUGUUGCUAUGGAACAGGAAUUGAGUCAUUCUCAAAGUUAGGAGAUUCCAUAUACUUCGAAGAGGAGGGAAAAGUGCCGGGGCUUUACAUCAGUCAGUACAUAUCAAGCUCAUUUAAUUGGACUUCGCAAAAUAUUUUGGUAAAUUUGAAAGUAGAGCCUGUUGUUUCAUGGGAUGAUCACCUUCAUGUAGCUGUUGAAAUUACCUUAAACAAGAAAAAGGAAUCUACAUUAAAUUUUAGAGUACCUUCUUGGGCAAAGUCAGAGGCUGCGACUGCAUUCGUUAACCAUCAGCAAUUGUUUGUACCAAGUCCAGGUAGUUUAUUAUCAUUAACUCGGAAAUGGAACUCCAGUGACAAGAUUACUCUUGAGCUACCCAUGAAUAUUAGAUUGGAGACAAUUCAAGAUGAUCGGCCUGAAUAUGCUUCCGAUCAUGCAAUUCUAUAUGGCCCCUACCUUCUUGUUGGUCUGAGCACCGGUGAUAGGAACAUCAAUACUGAAAGAGCAGGUUCUAUCCUGGACUGGAUUAUUCCAAUCCCAGCUGCAUAUAAUUCUCAUCUAAUUACACUUGCCCAAGAAUCCAAAAACAGCUCAUUCGUCCUUACAAACUCAAACAAGUCCAUGACUAAUGAAUUAUUACCUGAGGCUGGAUCAAAUCAUUCUGUAUAUGCCACUUUUAGGCUCAUCCCGAAAAACUCAACUUCCUCUAGGCUUUUAGAAGCAGAAGCUUGUAUAGGAAGAGCUGUUGAGCUGGAACCAUUUGACCUUCCAGGUAUGGUUGUUGUGGAGCGAGGAAUAAAUCAAAGCCUAGGUGUAAGUGAUGCUGUUGGUAGUAGCAAUUCUACUUUUGUUUUGGUUCAAGGACUAGAUGGAAAGAGCGGAACAGUUUCUCUGGAAUCCGCAAGACACAGAGGGUGUUUUGUGUACAGCGAUUUGGAUCUUCAUUCAAGCGUUAAACUCAAAUGCAAUGUCGGAUCAUCUGAUGUCAGGUUUAUAGAGGCCGCUAGCUUCCAAUUAAGACGGGGCAUUAGCAAGUAUGACCCAAUUAGCUUCGUGGCCAAAGGAGCAACAAGGAACUUUCUUCUGCAACCUAUAUUCAGUUUAAGAGAUGAAAAUUACGUUGUUUACUUUAAUAUUCAGUCAAAGAAGUUGAGUGCAGAACUUUAGAGCAGUCGGUGUAUUAGCUCGAUAGUCGUUACAGCUCCCUUGUUAGCGUGCAUCAUUCUCAGGGCGGCAGCUUGUUUGGUUAUUUCAUCGGAAGCCAUAUGUACAAACUUCUAUCUAUUGGGUUUAAUAUUACACCACCAUUGUUUUGAUCCAUAUUCUAGCAUCUAUUUUGACAAGGAGUUGAUAAUAUAUCAAAUUACAAACUUUAUUGCA